AUUGUCAACAUGUAGCAACUGUAUCUAUAGAUGGUUUCUUACGGAUAAUAGAUUUCAAGCAAGAAACGUUAUUUGACACAUACAGUAGCUAUUUUGGUGGCUUUUCGUGUGUGUGUUGGAGUCCUGAUGGUAAAUAUAUAUUGACAGGUGGUCAAGAUGAUCUGGUCACUAUUUGGGCUUUUCGGGAACAACGUAUCGUAGCUCGAUGUCAAGGCCAUCAAUCUUGGGUUACCGGCGUGUCUUUCGAUCCUUGGCGGUGCGAUGAACGCAAUUACCGCUUCGGCUCGGUUGGUGAGGACACGAAAUUAUUACUAUGGGAUUUUAGUGUAAAUGCAUUGCACAAGCCAAAGAGCGCGGGUAGUCAUCGAAGAGCUAGUCUUGCUUCACAGUCGAAUGUUGCUUUACGACGUAACUUGGCUGAACGUGAAAUUCUAAAAAAUACGGUUCAUCCGUGCCUACCUAGGUCAGAAGUUGCAAUUCUUCAGCCAGUCAUGGAUAAAUCCAUUGAUGGAGAACCACUUUGCUCAGUAACAUUUCGCGAAGAUUGCAUAAUAACAACAUGCAGAAAGGGACAUAUAAAAUUAUGGGCUCGACC